AUGGCCUCAUUCAAGGAAUUGUCUCUUUCUCGCCCUCUACCUCAGUCCAACCCACGCCACCAUGCCCACUCCAUCUCUCUCGGUGCGGUCAACGCUAAUCAUCGGGUAACUCGCCGUAAAAGUGUCACCACUGCUGCUGUCGCCAACGCUGCCGCCGCCGCAGUCGCUGCCUCCUUGAAGGAUUCAGCUGGGGAGUCCGUAGGAGUUUCUGUGCCUUCGCAUCGUCGAGGGAGCCGAAAAGGCUUGGAAUCUAGUUCGGUCGGAGCCCCCUCCGGCUUCGGCUCUUAUUUCUCACGGAGCAUGAAUAGCCCCGGCCAUGAGCCGCCGGUCGCUCGCAAGGCCUCGCCAACCAACUCAAAUGACGCAUCCCCGACAACCCUCGCGACCGUAGAUGGAAACAAUUCCGCCAGCAAGUCCGCCAACAAUAAUAAGAACCGAAACCGUCGGGCCAGCGAGGGAUCGCACCUUAUCAAAAGCGAAGGGAAGCGCCCCAUGACAGAACUUCGCUGCGAUCGUUGCGGGAAAGGGUAUAAGCAUGGCAGUUGCUUGUCUAAGCAUAUGUGGGAACAUGACCCUGCAUGGGCUAUUACCUCGAAACUCCUGAUCUCUAAGCAUCAGCAAGUCCAGCUGCUCGAGGCAGCCUCUGUUUUGGUAAACAUGAACCAGGACGAUCCGCCAGAGGGCGUGGAGGCCGAGUCGGAAGCAUCGUCCGCGUCCCCUGAUGCCUCGUCAGAACUUCGAGAUGGGCUCAGCUCUGCAGAGACCACUCCGCCCCCGAUGGAUGAGGAUGACGAGGACGAUGAAGACAUGUCCCCCGAGCCAACUAUGGAGAAGCGGUUCAGUGUCAGCACUGCAUCGGGUCUCUUCUCCCACUCUAUCGAUACCCGACCGUCGACCGCAGAAGCCAAAUUGCACGAAGACGACGAGGCUGAUCUCGCUGCAGCCAUCGGUCUCUGCACUUUCAACACCCCUCGCACGAGGCCAGUGCCAAUGUCCCCUAGUGUGCCCCCCGUCCCUGAAUUGCCAAGUCGCUUCCUUGACCAGGCCGGCGCGAGUGGUAACGAGAGUCAGAGCUUGGAUCAGUCGGCAACCAAGGAGGCAGAUGCCCUUUUUCCAAACUCUACUCCAAACAUUUUCCUCUCGCUCUCGUAUAACCCUUCCCUGUCGUACAAGGUGUCAGACGAGCGAGAGGUGAAGAUGGGGGAUGCGGAUCGCACCACACGGCAAAGUCGCAAUGCAGACGUUGAUUUUGGGCACCGGCCCACUGCGGCUGAUGAGGACGACGAUGGCGUUUUUGGUCGGAUGGAGGAGUAA